UCACGGGAUUCACGCACAGGGAGGCCAAGCGGCCGGUAGAGCGCCACGUAUUCUCCCGCCACCGUUGAACAACGUAAUGGCGUUUAUAGCCUUGACACCUGAGAAGCCAGUUUUCGAAAAACCCUGAAUAUGGCUCCAACCACCAGAAGUCUCUUAUUUCCCCGAGUGAUCGUCGAGAACGACAACGAUUACGAACAGAGUUCGUCGGAAGAAGAAGAAGACGACGACGACGACGACGAAAAAGAACCUCUUCACGACGAAGACGAAGAGGAGAAUGGUAGAAACUCCGAAAAUGAAGGCCAAAGGAUCGAAGAGGAGUCCAACAAGAAGGGAAAAGCACCCAUUACUAUCAGCCUUAAGAAAGUGUGCAAAGUUUGUAAAAGGACUGGUCAUGAAGCAGGAUUCAAAGGGGCUACGUACAUUGACUGCCCUAUGAAACCAUGUUUUCUCUGCAAAAUGCCUGGACAUACAACAAUGACAUGCCCGCACCGUGUGGCAACUGAGUUUGGUGUUAUUCCAGCAUCCAAUAAGAAUACUCGUAAUGCUCUUUUAUAUGUUUUUGAGCGCCAGUUUAAGCCACACAUUCCUCCUAUCAAACCAGCAUUUGUGAUCCCAGAUCAAGUGAACUGUGCAGUUAUAAGGUACCAUAGUAGACGUGUAACAUGCCUGGAGUUCCAUCCUACAAACAACCGGCUUCUUUUAUCUGGAGAUAAGAAAGGACAAGUUGGAGUUUGGGAUUAUGAUAAAGUGCAUGAGAAGGUAGUCUAUGGAAAUAUACACUCUUGUAUCGUUAAUAACAUGAGAUUCAGUCCUACAAAUGAUGAUUUGAUAUAUGCUGCAUCUUCUGAUGGAACAAUCAGUUGCACUGAUAUGGAGACUGGGAUUUCUUCUCAAUUAAUGAACCUAAACCCUGAUGGUUGGCAGGGGCCUAAUAGUUGGAGGAUGCUAUAUGGUAUGGAUAUCAACCCAGAGAAGCACACUGUGUUUGUCGCUGACAACUUUGGUUUCCUAUAUUCGGUGGAUACAAGGUCCAAUAACAGAUCUGGGCAGGCUGUUUUGAUCCAUAAGAAGGGUAGCAAAGUUGUUGGACUGCACUGCAAUCCUCUUCAACCUGAUCUCCUCUUGAGUUGUGGAAAUGAUCAUUUUGCUCGAGUAUGGGACAUUCGGCGACUAGUAGCUGGCUCUUCCUUGUAUGAUCUAGCACACAGACGUGUUGUAAAUUCUGCUUAUUUUUCUCCCAUUUCUGGUUGCAAAAUUCUUACAACAUCUCAAGAUAACCGCAUUCGUGUAUGGGACUCUAUAUUUGGCAACUUGGACUCACCAAGUCGAGAGAUUGUGCACAGUCAUGAUUUUAAUCGACAUUUGACUCCAUUCCGAGCAGAAUGGGAUCCAAAGGACCCAUCUGAAUCUCUUGCAGUUAUUGGUCGUUACAUAAGUGAAAACUAUAAUGGAAUUGCCUUACAUCCUAUCGAUUUUAUCGACGUCAGCACAGGGCAAUUAGUUGCUGAGGUAAUGGAUCCUAACAUUACCACAAUUAGUCCAGUGAACAAGCUGCAUCCACGAGAUGAUGUAUUGGCGUCUGGGAGUUCAAGGUCGCUUUUCAUUUGGAGGCCAAAGGAUGAUCACGAGCUAGCAGAGCAGGACGAGAGGAAAAUUGUUAUUUGUACAGGAAUGGAGAAGAAACGCAAGCACAAGUCGAAAAAUGAUGAUAGUGAUGAUGAUUCCGAUGUCGAUAAGUCCACGCCGACCACAAAAGGUAAAAACUUUAAGUCAAAGAAACCUGCAACUGGAAUGAAGAAAACUUCUCAUAAAAUGAAACGUUAAUUUAACUAACCCCCCCUCUCCGUUUUGUGUUCUACAACCUUAACAACCAAGUUCAUAGAAUGUUUUAGGUGUAGUUUGAAACUCCAUAGCCUUUUGUAAGAUCGACCCAAAAUUAACCAACACCCUCUACUAGUGAAAGAACCUUCUGAGAUAAGAAUUUUUUCUCUCUCUUUUAUUAUUAUUAUUGUCAUUUAUGUUGUAUCGUGUAUAUUGUUGGAAAUUAACUCUCUGGUGUACACUUUUUGGCUGCAUAUUGGAGUGGAUUCAUGCACUCUUUUAUUUGUAUGUCAACCCUUCCUUUCUGGUGUUGGUGA